AUGGCUGCACCGGUGGCUAGCCAGCUUCAGAGUACGCUGCAGGCGGCAGUGCAAUCCGUUCAGUGGACAUACUGUCUCUUCUGGCAAUUUUGUCCGCAACAAGGGAUCUUAGUAUGGGCAGAUGGGUAUUACAAUGGAGCAAUCAAAACCAGGAAGACGGUGCAGCCAAUGGAAGUAACUGCGGAGGAGGCUUCACUGCAAAGAAGCCAACAGCUUAGAGAACUAUACGAAUCAUUGUCUAUCGGAGACACCAACCAGCCAACAAAAAGGCCUUGCGCCGCCCUGUCGCCUGAAGACUUAACCGAGACCGAAUGGUUCUAUUUGAUGUGCGUUUCCUUCUCUUUUCCUCCUGGACUGGGGUUGCCAGGAAAGGCAUAUGCGAGGAGGCAGCAUGUAUGGCUUACAGGCACAAAUGAAGUCGACAGCAAAACUUUUUCUCGAGCUAUUCUCGCUAAAAGCGCUCGCAUUCAGACUGUCGUUUGCAUUCCCCUUCUCGACGGUGUCGUUGAGCUCGGCACAGUUGAUAAGGUUCAGGAAGACGUAAGGUUUGUGGAACAUGUGAAGAGCUUUUUCAGCGACCAUCUCCAUCAACAAAAAAAUGUUCAGCAACCAAAACCAGCCCUCUCCGAGCACUCCACCUCCAACCCACCAUCAUCAGAUCACCACCACUUCCAUUCUCCGCUCGUGCCUGGUAUCUACCUCUCCGCAGCCCAGGCGGUUCAGGUUGACGACGAGGUCGACGAAGACGAUGAUGAAGAGGAAGAUGACGAGGAAGAGGAGGAACCCGAGUCAGACUCAGCGGAUAUAGGCCAUACAAGCCGCAGCAUAGGCCCUGAUAAAACGCAAUCAGUAGCGGCGGCCGAGCAAAGCGAGCUAAUGCAGUUGGAUUUAUCGGAGGAUAUCCGGCUGGGUUCGCCGGAUGACGCAUCGAAUAACUUGGACUCGGAUUUCCACAUGCUGGCGGUCAGCCAAUCCCCGGCGGAUCAGCAGCGGCGUUCCGACUCUCUAAGAGCGGAGUCAUGCCAGAGGUGGUCGCCCGUGUUGCAGGAACCGUUGAAUGGUAGUCGUGUCCAACCACCUUCAGGAGAGGACAUGACGCAAGAGGACUCGCACUACUCGCAGACAGUAUCAACCAUCUUGCUGAGCCAGUCAACCUGGUGGGCCGAGUCAACUUCCAACGUGGCAUCUUACGGGACCUAUUCCAUCCAAUCAGCAUUCGCCAAGUGGACAAACCGAUUCUCUGACCAAUAUCACCACCACCGUGACGUGGAGGCUGCCCCCUCCUGCGCGCAGAGGCUACUAAAGUACGUGCUCUUCACCGUCCCUCUUUUACAUAACAAAUACCGCGAGGAUAACUCGCAGAAGCGGCCGGAUGAUGGCGAGGCUGCGGCUGCGACACCCCGGAUGAAGAAGGGAGGAGGAGGAGGAACGGCGGCGCAGGACGAGCUGAGCGCGAACCACGUGCUGGCGGAGAGGCGGAGGAGGGAGAAGCUGAACGAGAGGUUCAUCAUACUGAGGUCGUUGGUACCAUUCGUGACGAAGAUGGACAAGGCCUCCAUUCUCGGCGACACAAUCGAGUACGUGAAGCAGCUUCUCAAGAAGAUUCAGGAGCUAGAGACCCGAAAUCGGCAGGUGGAGCUCGAGCAGCACUUGAGCACGACGACGACGAGCAGCGGUAGCGGGUUACCGAAGGCGCAGAGGUGGGGUCGGGUUCCGGGUAAGAAGAAGAAGAAGGUAAUGGAUGGUGGAGAUAAGAAGAAGGCUGUAGAGGAUGGGGUCGAGGUGUCGAUAAUCGAGAACGACGCGUUGUUAGAGUUGCAGUGCGGGUACAGAGAAGGACUGCUGCUUGAUAUCAUGCAGCUGCUGCGUGAGCUCCGUAUCGAGACCACUGGGGUUCAGUCUUCCUACAGUAAUGGAAUCUUUAUGGCUGAGAUCAGAGCCAAGGUGAAGGAGAAUGUCAACGGCAAGAAAGCGAGCAUUGUGGAGGUGAAGAGGGCGAUUAAUCAGACUAUACCCCACUUUUGAUUUUACUCUUACU